GGGGCAGGCUGGUAAACCGGGCUGUAACGGGGGGAUGGAGCUGCAGCCUCCGUCUCUCAGACGCGUCUUCUCUGAUGGGUGAACCGAGCCGGCGAUGCGCGUCUGUGUCCUUUCUCUGCCGACCAUGGACCGGGUUCUUCUCUCGUCUCACUGCUGAAGGCCAGGUCGGAGGGGGUCAGAGGUCGCCCGCCCCAAAACCUGCACUUCUCCCUCUUACCCCCUGCACUUCCCUGCACCCACCCUCCUCCACCUCCUCCCACUUGUCUCAUAUCCCCAACUUUUCUCUCACAAACUCACCCGGCACUUGUUUCUCUGCCUGCCAGCCUCACCCAAUCAGCUUGUGAGUGGAGGGUAAAAAAAAAAGAAGACCCUCCACCCUCCAUCCAACGGACGGAGUAACUGUUUCAUGACGAGUCAGCCGUUCACCAGACACCAGUGACAGCUUCUCAGAUAACGCCUCUCGCACAACCCCAGGCCUCAAGAUGAUGUGCGAGGUGAUGCCCACCAUCUCCGAGGACGGGCGCGGCGGAGGAGGAGGCGGCUCGUCUUCCCCGGCUGGGGGCGGAGGAGGGAUGGGCGGAGGAGGGAUGGGAGGCAUCGGGGGAUACGGCAGCCGGGACCCCCGCGGCGGUAGUGGUGGUGGUGGUGGUAGUGGCGGCGGAGGAGGAGGUGGCAGCAGCGAUGAGGGCGGCAGCACGGGCAACCUGGAGUCGCUGAUGGUGAACAUGCUGACGGAGAGGGAGAGGCUGCUGGAGAGCCUGAGGGAGACGCAGGACAGUCUGGGGACGGCGCAUCUACGCCUGAGAGAGCUCGGCCACGAGAAGGAGUCCCUGCAGAGGCAGCUGUCCAUCGCCCUGCCACAGGAGUUUGCAGUGCUGACCAAAGAGCUGAACCUCUGUCGGGAACAGCUGCUGGAGAGAGAGGAGGAGAUAGCAGAGCUGAAGGCCGAGAGGAACAACACACGGCUGCUGCUCGAACAUCUGGAGUGCCUGGUGUCCCGUCACGAGCGCAGCCUGAGGAUGACCGUGGUGAAGAGGCAGGCGCAGUCCCCAGCUGGGGUCUCGAGCGAGGUCGAGGUCCUAAAAGCCCUCAAGUCUUUGUUCGAGCACCACAAAGCUCUGGACGAGAAGGUGAGGGAAAGACUACGGGUGGCUCUGGAACGAGUGGCCUCCCUGGAGGAAGAGCUGCAGACCUCCUCUCAAGAGGUCGUGUCUUUAAGGGAACAGAUCAAGCGACGGCAGCAGGGACUUGACAACGGCAAAGAGCGGCUCCCCAACGGACCUUCGUCCAUCCUGGACGACGCCGACAUCGACCGGCAGCGAGAGGGCGAGAUCGAGCGACAGAGGUCGGAGCUGGGACAGCUGAAAGAGAGACUGGCUCUCAUGUGCAGACAGGUCGGGGAGAUCGAGGAGCAGCUGACGUCCGCCAGGAGGGAGCUGGCCCGGUCGGAGGAGGCCAACCAGAAACUACAGAGGGACGUGAAAGAGGCGCUCUGUCAAAGGGAAGACAUGGAAGAGAGAAUCACCACAUUAGAACGCAGGUACCUGAGCGCCCAGAGGGAGGCGACGUCUCUCCACGACAUAAAAGACAAACUGGAGAACGAGUUGGCCAGCAAAGACUCUCUGUACAGACAGAGUGAGGAGAAGAACCGGCAGCUUCAGGAGCGCCUGGAUGAUGCCAAGCAGAAGCUGCAGCAGACUCUGCAGAGGGCGGAAACACUGCCCGAGAUCGAGGCCCAGCUCGCCCAGAGAGUGGCAGCACUCAACAAGGCGGAGGAGCGUCAUGGCAACUUUGAGGAGCGACUGCGACAGAUGGAGGCGCAACUGGAGGAGAAGAACCAGGAGCUACAGAGGGCGAGGCAGAGGGAGAGGAUGAACGAUGAACACAACAAGCGUCUCUCCGACACGGUGGACAAGCUUCUGUCGGAGUCCAACGAGCGGCUGCAGCUCCAUCUGAAGGAGAGAAUGGCCGCCCUGGAAGAAAAGAACGCCCUUUCUGAGGAACUGUCUAACAUGAAGAAGCUCCAGGAUGAUCUCCUGGCAAACAAGGACCAGCUGAUAGCGGAGCUGGAACGGCUUCAGCUGGAGUUGGAUCAGCUGAGAGCGAGGCCUGGAGGCUCUUAUUCCAGUCGCUCCCUGCCAGGCAGCGCUCUGGAGCUGAGAUAUUCCCACGGAGGCGGGUCCCUCCCGGCAGGUUCCACCACUCACCUGGAUCCCUUCAGUAAUGCCCCCAUCGGGGGCGUGGUCAGGCGGAGUCACCGGGCUCGUUGGAGCUCAGCCCGGGAGGAUUCCACCAAGUAUCCAGACUGGGAGAGCGGGGCUCUAAUGGGGACCGGGUUCGAGCCGGGCUUGGAUGUGGGCUGCUCCGACGACGAGGACGACGGGGAUCAUCGGUUUGGCUCCGAGCUGCUGUCCCCCAGCGGACAGACGGACGUGCAGACCCUGGCCAUCAUGCUGCAGGAACAGCUGGAGGCCAUCAACAAGGAGAUCAAACUGAUCCAGGAGGAGAAGGAGAACACGGAGCUGCGGGCCGAAGAGAUCGAGAGCCGGGUCAGCGUGGCUUUGGACAGUCCGCCCAUCCCUCCCUCCACCCUGGGGAGAGACAGCACAGGACGGGGCUUCAUCCCCUCGUCCAUCACAUCCUCCACCUUGGCCUCGCCCUCCCCUCCGAGCUCUGGACACUCCACCCCUCGCCUGCCUCACUCCCCGGCCCGCGAGACUGAUAGACAGAACAACAAAGACGACGACCGGUCCCUCGCUCUUAUCGACUCCACGCCUCCUUCCACCCCGCGCGCGCUGCGCCUGGACAGGAUGACCCUCACCCAUCCGGGAGCGAUGCUGGACGACCCCCGGGAGUUUCGCAGUCUCUCGGCAGAUGGCAGCAGCUCCAACAGCAGCCAAGAUUCCCUCCACAAGUCCAGUAAGAAGAAAAGCAUCAAGUCUUCCAUCGGUCGGCUUUUUGGAAAGAAGGAGAAAGGGAGGAUGGGCCAACCCGGGCGGGAUGGAUCUGCUUCUCUUGCAUCUACACCCUCUGAAGACCUCGCCUCUGGAGACCCAAUGGGGAUGAACAAGACUGGGACUCUGGGUCCAGCAGAUAAAGACCGCCGCAGCAAGAAGAAGCAUGAGCUGCUGGAAGAAGCAUGUCGCCAAGGACUUCCCUUUGCAUCUUGGGAUGGACCCACUGUUGUAUCCUGGUUGGAGCUGUGGGUGGGAAUGCCGGCGUGGUACGUCGCGGCCUGCCGCGCCAACGUGAAGAGCGGCGCCAUCAUGGCCAACCUGUCGGACACGGAGAUCCAGAGGGAGAUCGGCAUCAGUAACCCGCUUCACCGCCUCAAACUGCGGCUGGCCAUCCAGGAGAUGGUGUCCCUCACCAGCCCCUCUGCCCCGGCCAGCACUCGCUCUUCGACCAGUAACGUGUGGAUGACCCACGCCGAGAUGGAGUCGCUGAACGCUGCCACCAAGCCUCCGGAGCUGAAAGAGUUCAGCUGGGAUCAGAUACUGGCCUACGGCGACAUGAAUCAUGAGUGGGUGGGCAACGACUGGCUGCCCAGCCUGGGCCUGCCACAGUAUCGCAGCUAUUUCAUGGAGUCCCUGGUGGAUGCACGCAUGUUGGAUCACCUGACCAAGAAGGAGCUGAGAGGACAGCUCAAAAUGGUGGACAGCUUCCACAGGGUCAGCUUGCAUUACGGCAUCAUGUGCCUGAAGCGUCUGAAUUACGACCGCAAGGAGCUGGAGAGGAGGAGAGAGGAGAGCGCCCACCAGAACAAAGAUGUGAUGGUGUGGUCCAAUGAGCGCGUGAUGUGCUGGGUGCAGACUCUCGGCCUGAAGGAGUACGCCGACAACCUCCGCGAGAGCGGCGUCCACGGCUCUCUGCUGGCUUUAGACGACACCUUUGACUACACCGACCUGGCCCUGCUGCUGCAGAUCCCCAACCAGAACACACAGGCCAGACAGCUCCUGGAGCAAGAGUACAACUCCCUCAUCUCCAUGGGAACCGAGAGACGACCUGAUGAGCUGGAUGGAACUAAGACGUUCACCCGCUCGCCCUCCUGGAGGAAGAUGUUUAGGGAGAAAGACCUCCGGGGCGUGACCUCCGACUCCGCCGAGACCCUGCCUGCUAACUUCCGUGCCUCAGCCAUCGCCACGCCCUCCGUUACCCUGAGAAAGGUUCAGAGUGAUGCCAACUCUGGUGCCCGGGGUGAAUCUGCCUCAGUGAGGACGUACUCCUGUUGAGGGGCUGAGGGCUGCUGACUGGAUCGUGGGGGGGACGGGGCGGGGGGGGGGACUGAGAGGACCCUCUCGCUCAUCCACGGAGAGAAAGAAGCAAUGAAUAAUAACCGUCUAACUUCAAAAUAAAUCUUAUCGGUCUGACCAUUCUGCAAUAACAGAAGCAAAGGAAUACAAAAGGGGGAAAAUGACAUGAAGAAUGUAUGAAUGUAUUUUCCGAGCAGACUGGGAAGGUUGAAUGGGAUCAGCUGUUUUCUCUCUCUUCCUGUCAUCCUGUCUUUGCUCUCCUCUCUCUCUCUGCUGGAAGGAAAACACCGGUGUUGGUUAGGUUUUUGUUCCGGUCGCGCAGGUUUCCCCCUCUCUCUCUCUCUCUCUCUCUCUCUCUCUCUUCAUUCCUGUCGGAGUCUGCACACAGUCAAAGCAGAAGUUGGCAAUAUCAGGGCUCACUUUUCCUACCUUCACGGAGGGGGGAAACCACUCGCUGCCAUUUAUUCUCUUACAGUUUGAAAACAACUAAACGUGUCGCCUUAUAACUUCUGCUCGACAACAGGUGUUUUUAACGAGAGCCGGGGCAGAAGUUAACCUCAUCGUAAAGUUUAGAUUUUGAAUGACUGGGAAGGAUGUUAACAAUGAUCGGGAGGGAGGGGGGGGGCGUAAAAACCGGUUUUAACUCUCUAAACAACAUCGAUGUUCUCCUUUCUACUCAUGCUGGUGUCUAGUGUCACCCAUUGUGGCUCUAUUGUCCCAUCAGUGGGUGUCCAAGUGUCGCCAAUUGGUCGGAGCGGGGUGUAGUAAAACACGUCCGAAUUCAGACCCACCAUUUAGCUCCGACCACAUCAGAGAGACUCUCCUCGUGCUUUGUCUGUUGGCACCUUGAAAGCCGAUAGGCUGAGUCAUCUCUUUUGAAUGGGGACCCCCAUUAUAGAGAUCAAAGGCACGAGAGGUGGAUGGGACAGGGUGGAGCGAGGCCACGGAGGCAUUGUGUUCACUGUUGAGUUCAUGAUGUCCAUGGCAGGAGGUCCGUACAGUUGGUGCUGGUACCACCGUCUGAAAAGAUCGUACUUUACGAGGAGUUUCGGCCACAGAUUUUCUUUUUUUUUUACACUUUACUCGACACAAGGAGCGCCAUUGUGGCGCUGGAGGAGCUUAACCCUCGUGAUGUCACAGCGAUGUCAUCUUUUAAAAUGCGGUUUGACAGAUGUGGGUGUUUAUGACGGGGAUUCCCACAAUGACCUCCAGUCUGAGAGAGUUUUGUCUGAAGGAGUCUCUUCUACUUUCAUGUCUGAAGACAGAAAAGUCUUUAUAAUCAAUCUAUGAUUAAACCGGGUCGCUGUCAAUGACAAUAAAUCAAAUUGGACAUUUUAGUCCUUGUUGUUCCAAGUUAUGUGAUAAAAGUUCAAAUAUUCUAUUUGUCCUUUUACCGGUGACCCUACAACCCGCUCAGUGACCCCUGCUGGUCCCUCAGUUCAUUAUUUAUUUGUCUAUAAGAGCGACACGCAUCAUUUAACAUUUCUGUAAAUGUGCUAGUGUUAGCCAGCUGGCGAAUUUUCAGCUGUAGUCCUUCAAAUGUUUUGAUGCCCAGUGCUUUGAAAAAACACAGGAGACACGGGUAAUCAGCAUUAUGGGAAAUGUAGGAUCCAGAAUUUUUUUAAAACUACAGGUCUCGGUGUCUCAGAUACUUUUACAAGUGCAAUAAGUAUAUACAUAUAGAUCUAUAUACAGGCUUUGGGUUGGCAAGUUGCCGUUCAUGUGUUUUUAUCUCGCUCUUUAAUUCUCUGACAAGACACCGCCAAUGCAAAGUUUAAAAACAUACAUGAAGUUAUUAUUAACCACUUAUCAACGUCUAAUUAACGUUUAUAACUGCAGACUAGGGUCACAAGUUUUCUGACUUAAUGAUGAUCCAUUAGAUCUGUGGUCCAAACAGCAGUUUUGGUAAUUAAGGGUUGUUCCACUGCAGAAAUCUACUUUAAAACGUUCAUAAGUUGUUAAUAAAUGGAUUCGUCCUCAUGAAUUCAACAGCCUAAAAGUGAGACAUGCCGUCAAUGAUGAAACUCUUUGUAAAGUAUGUCUUUUUAGUGAGUGGUACCAAAGUGUUUAUAUAUAUUUAAGAAGGUUUGACUCCUCACUAGCCCUCCGCGAUGUCGUCGUGCCGUGUAGGACUUGUAAUCAUCAGCUCAGGGUCUUGGGUAAUCGUGAUGAUGGGAGAAAGGCGGCAGGGGAGAGACAAAAACAGUGACUCACAGGGAGGAAAAGAAGAAAAACUGUAAAGGGUGGACAGAAGCCGGUCAUUUUACUGCACACACAAGCCAUAACAGAAAACCAAGAGCUCUCUGGGGCGGGUCGUGGGGGGUGAGAUCAGAGAGAGGGGCAGGAAGAGAGGGGCGAGCCCGAGGAAGCCCAGGAAACAAAACCUUUAGCCUCUGUGUUUACGAUGCAUGUCAAACAAACGACAAUGACCUAAAACAUUUUUUUGGUGGUGAAGAUGAUAUGAGGUGUCUUUAAAAAAAAUAUAUAUCUGUAUGAUAAACCUACAGGGGGUGGGAGCCUGGGGAUCAAUUUGUAAAAUGUGUGUAUUUUUUUCAGUUGUAUUUUUUAUUUUUUACGAUAUCUAUUUAUUUUCUUUAGGUAUGUAUUGGAUAAAUGUAUGUACAUGUUCUGUUCCUUCUUGGCUUCAUUUGAACUAGUUUUAAAAGUAAAUAUGAAACACUGAAAAUGGUCAUUCAAAAAUACGCUACUGUAUGUGUACAUUUUGAGAACAAAUUGUGCAAUGAUUUAACAGAUUUCCAUGAUUAAAGUGAUAGUAAUACAAAUUGAGAAAAAUAUCAUCUGGAAAAAUAAACAAUAAUGAUGAUGAUGAUGCUGAUGGUGGUGGUGAUAAUAAAUGAAAAAUGGUGAUGUAAAAGAACAAAAAAAUAAAAAAUAAUAAAGCGAUCCUGGCGGAUCUGCUGAUCAUCGCAAACUCUCUCCAUUUUUA